AUGCCUGACGUCUCUCACGAGGUUGCUGGGUCUGUAGUCAUCUGGAGGUUUGAUGGUGCUGGAGGAUUUACUCCCAAGGUGGGUCGCAAAUUCCUAUUUCCUGAAAACAGAUCUAGGAUUCCUAAGACCACUGGGUCCAUCUGGUCAUCCCAGUUGAAGGUUCACUUCCUUCCAGUCAUGAGGCUCUUCAUUCUGCUCUCCUUGACUGUCUUUUCAGAUGCUAUGGUCAUGGACGAAAAGGUCAAGGAAGGUUUUGUGCUGGACACAGCUUCUGCCAUCUGCAACUACGAUGCCCACUAAAAGGACCACCCCAAAUACCGGUGCCGAGGCUAUUUCCGGAACUAUUGCAACAUCAUCACCUUCACCCCCAACAGCACUGACCGUGUGGCCCUGGGGGACACAGGAAACCAGCUUAUUGUCACUGUGUCCUGCCUGACCAAGGAGGAUACGGGCUGGUACUGGUGCAGCAUCCGGUGGGACUUUGCCAGGGAUGACAUGGAUUUUACAGAGCUGGUUGUCACUGACAACAGAAGAGCCCUCGCCAACAAUUUUUGGUCUGGGAAAGACCUAUCAGGCAACAAGAAUAGAAGCUGCAGUUCUUCCAAAGUUGUCCACAAGGCAGAUCAAUCCAGGAUGACCAUUCCCAUCAUCUGCAUGUUGAGCACGGGCUUGGGGACCAUCUCUAUCAUCAGUCAUUUGUCCAGAAGAAGGAGAGGUCAAAUGAGUAGAAGGGUAGACGGCUCUUUGAAGCCCCUCUCUCAUGUCCUGACUCCAAAGGCAAUGGCUCAUACUGAACAGAUGGAUCUGAAGAUUUCUUUUAUUUAGUUGAAAAAUAAAAUGAUGCUACAAUAGAGUCACCAUGACAACCGGCCCACAUCUUGGGGACUGAUUCUGAUCUCAGGCAUUCGAAGGCCCCUCUAACCUUGCCAGCAAUCAUUUGCAGUUACGUAAGAACGAUGGCAGCCAGAGGGGCUGUGCUAGGCCACGCCUAAGCAAGGCCACGGUCAGAUAACAUCUCAAGAUCUUAGUUCUCAUGCACUCGUCUUGUCAGAGGUGAAGAAAAGGGCCAGAUCUUGGUCAGAGGGCCAGGAGAUCACUUGUGUUGUAUUCCUUAGCCAAUAAAUUUCUGACCCAGUGUUGAAUGAACUCCAAGGUAUGACUAACUUCUCUCAGGAUAUCACUGGGAGAGUAUUUCUGGAAAAGUUUCUUUUAAAGUAUAGUAUUCCAAUUUACUUCUGAAUUGGUAUUACAUGCUGUUCUACCCAAAGAAAGGGAGAGAGGCUAAAUCAGGGGUUCUUAGAUUCUCUUGGCUCAAAGACUGUCCUGUGUGGGAAACUGUCACCAGACUGAAUGGAUACCACUUCUGAUCAGUGAGAAACCAAGGUGUGAUAAAUUAAGAGAAAUAUUCAUUCACAUCAGGAAACACAAAUCAAUACGGGGGCAUCAGCAGUUGUGGGCGCAGGUGAGGUGAUACUGUCAUUAAUGCCAGAAUUACCCAAACUCUUAGCUCCUACAUGAAUGUCUGCACCCUCUCUUCCCGUAGAGUGUCUCUCCUGCUAUUUCAGACCCUGGCGGCUCCCCACCACUGCCUCUGUUGCCCUCAUAAAAACCCUGCUCUUCCAGUCUCUUCUGAUAGGGUGCUGGCCGGUCUCUGCACUCAGGACACUCAGUGGCCCUCUGGUCUGAGCAGGGCUGGGACAGGGUUCUGCACAUGCCCUGCACGUGUAGGUCCAGGCUCUCACACACUCGUUUAUGAGCACAGUUCCUUCAGCUUCCACCCUAAACCCUCUCUCCAUAGGUAGGGAACUCAAAGCUACUCAGAACCCUGAUGGGGAGAGGAGGGAGUGUGGAUGCCACUCCAUUGCUGCCAUCCUCCAUGUUCCCACACAGCUGGCCCCCUCCCUCCCAGAGUCUCAGAUCAAGCAACAUCAAAAGUGCUGUCUCUCAAAUGCAAAUCAAAACUACAAUGAGGUAUCACCUUACACCGGUCAGAAUGGCCAUCAUCAAAAAAUCUACAAACAAUAAAUGCUGGAGAGGGUGUGGAGAAAAAGGAACACUCUUGCAUUGUUGGUGGGAAUGUAAAUUGAUACAGCCACUAUGGAGAACAGUAUGAAGGAUCCUUAACAAACUACAAAUAGAACUACCAUACAACCCAGCAAUCCCACUACUGGCCAUAUACCCUGAGAAAACCAUCAUUCAAAAAGAGUCAUGUACCACAAUGUUCAUUGCAGCUCUAUUUACAAUAGUCAGGACAUGGAAGCAAACUAAGUGUCCAUAGACAGAUGAAUGGAUAAAGAAGAUGUGGCACAUAUAUACAAUGGAAUAUUACUCAGCCAUAAGCAGAAACGAAAUUGCGUUAUUUGUAGUGAGGUGGAUGGACCCAGAGUCUGUCAUACAGAGUGAAGCAACUCAGAAAGAGAAAAACAAAUACCGUAUGCUAACACAUAUAUAUGGAAUCUAAAAAAAAUUUUUAAAAAAUGGUUCUGAAGAACCUAGGGGCAGGACAGGAAUAAAGACACAGAUGUAGAGCAUGUACUUGAGGACACGGGGAGGGAGAAGGGUAAGCUGGGACGAAGUGAGAGAGUGGCAUGGACUUAUAUACACUACCAAAUGUAAAAUAGCUAGCUAGUGGGAAGCAGCCGCAUAGCACAGGGAGAUCAGCUAGGUGCUUUGUGACCACCUAGA